AUGAAGAGGAUGCAUUAUGGAAAAAGAAGGCCAUCGCACCAGUGGGAGGUUGAAGAGCAAAGUAGAAUCAUAGAUGUGUUAAGAGCAGCUCCUGCAUUAAGAGUGGGUGUUAAGGAUAAAUCAAGGUGGUUAGCAUCCCAAACAGGUCAGUCAUUUGUUACAACUCUGUAUAGACAAUGUGAAUUGGAUUUUGGGGAUUGUGUUAGUGCUAGUAGAUUGGUGUGGAUGAAAUAUCUGCCACCCAAAGUCCAAUUCUUUGGGUGGCUAGCUUGGAAAUAUAAAGUUAAAACUUCUGUCUUUCUAAAAAAGAUUGGAGUUCUUGAUGAAAAUGCAUCUGCUUUGUGUGUCUUUUGUAAAUUAGAGGACGAGUCUGUUGAGCAUGUUCUCAUUUCUUGCCCACUGGUUUGGAAGGUUUGGGCUGGUUUGUUGCAGUGGUGGGGUGUGUUAUGGGUUGUGCCGGGUUCAAUGGAGUGUUUACUGCAGUGGUGGGCUAGAAACAACUUUAGCAAAGCUGAGAGAAGGAUUUGGAAUGCAAUUCCUUUGCUUGCCCUUUGGUCCAUUUGGAAUCAUAGGAAUGACUGUCUAUUUAAUAAUGUUCAACCAGAUAUAGGGGAGCUGCAUGAGGUAAUUAUCAUCAAAUUAGCUAUAUGGCUGAAAGCUACAACUAAGGAUUAUCAUUACACUAUCAAUGAUUUUCUUUACAACAUUAUGUAG